UGUCCGUCUAGUCCGUCCGCUGCCGCCAGUAAAUCCACGAAAUCCACCGCACUAUCAUUCAAAUUCUAAAACUUGCUGCUAUAAACUCCCGAUUCAGAAAGUUCAAAUAUUAAGUUCUCUGAACAGAUCUGAAAAUGUGAACCACCCUAUAAACGCCAAUCCGAAUGCAGCUCCGAUAUUCUAGUUUAUUCUAGCACGAAGCGGGUUUCAUUCAAUCCUGGAGUCAGAUUUUAGAGUGUGUGUUACUGUUAACAAUAAGAAUGGCGACUUUUUCUAGGAUACAGACUUCGAAUUUUUGUGGUAGUAUGGUUUCUCUGAACUUGGAAGACUCUUAUAAUCCUAUGUAUUUCGUUGAGGUUUUUUGUCAACAACGACGACGACGAACGACGAAUUGAGCAAAUCUUUUAUUCGUUCAAUUUAUCCUAAAUUAUAAAUUUUCAUAAUGGGACUUGAUAACUCGGAUACUUGCACGGAAGCAGACCGUCCAAAAAUAGACCGCCAUAGACGUUUAUCGGACCAAACGAAGUCAAUAAAUAGUGAACAUGUUUCGUCAACUAAAAGUACCGAAGAAGUCCAUCAACCCAAUCAACCUAGUCAACUUAUCUCACAACCAACUCAACUUAGUCAGCCUCUCCCCCAACCCACUCAACCUAGUCAGACCCUUACUCCAGCCCAGAGCCAGGAUGAGAACAAGAGGAUGCUCUACUCCAAGUACAGGUUCAAGCAGGGAUCCAAGCUGUUACAAUAUAUAAUGGAGCAUACAACCAGACAUCAGGAAUUAUAUACACUUGCUGAGAUCCUGCUCGAGCUCAAAGAACUGAUCAAGUCAAGACGAAUGUUUGAUGAAUGGAAUCCCUCUGUUAUAAUGUGCUGCCCUCUUCUGGAGGAGGCCCUCAACAUGAAGGCGCUCCACGUCACAGAGAUCAGGGAGCUGAUAAUGCGUCAGCUGAUUCUAGUCGAAGAAAGAUCUGAUCCGGGAGAAAAUGGCGCCGUUUUCCCUCCGGUCCAGGUUCCCACUCCCCCACCUACCAUGGAAGUUCGAGUCCCAAACACAAAGCAUCGAAGUCGAUUAACAAUGACUGAUCCUCGAUCUAAAACAGUUACUCAACAACCCCCUCCUCCCUCCAGACAAGUUGAGAUUGUGCCCCCUCCUAAUGCCCGACCUCAACCCAGUCCUGAAGUUUGGGAAGAUUCUACAUCAAGGUUUUGGCUGAAAGAAAAAUUUUACUCUGUUCUGAAAACUUUGGAAGAUUUUGAUGAAACCAAAAAAUCCUUCACAUAUUCUGAGGUAACUGCGUAUGUCUCGAAGUAUAUUUUAAGCCGGAAAUCUCAACUGUUUGAUGCUCGAAACAUAAAGCUAGCCAUCGUUCAAAAUGAUCCUCUCGGAGAAGCAUUUAAAGUUCACGCUUUCCAUCGAACUCAAGUCACAACUCUGAUACGUAGUCAGCUGACUUAUGUUGAUCCUAAGAAGUUUCCGGAAGAAUAUGGGAAUUCUCGUGAUAGUGGAAUUACUCUCUCUGGAUUUCCAGCUCUUAACAGGGCAGCCUCAUCACCUGCUGAAUUGAUUGCGAAUUAUUGCAACCAGCUAAAGAGAUCUUCACCUGAUGAGGUUUCUAGCCCAGCUAAACAGGCAAAAAUUGAAAGUGAUACAGCUGAUACAGGGUCUGAAGUAGAAUCAGGGGAUGAUAAUUUUGAUGUGGAAUACGAGAUUGAAACAGGAGACGAGGAGACCAGACCUCUCCAGGAUGAUAACAGUAAGUAUAGUAGUGGAGAGGAUUCUGAUAUCAACACCAGCUUUGUUGCCCACAAGGUUGAGGUGAAUGAUGGGGAUAUGGAUUGUUGGGCGGACAACGAGGAGAUGUAUAAGAAUGAUGAGAACGAGGAGGAGAAGGAGGACAAGAGCAAAGCUAAAUUCAAAUCAGAAAUUAAUAAGUGUGCAAGGUGUAUUGGACCUUCCAUGUUCAACCUAAGGUACUGCAGCACUUGCUGGUUAGAGCUGAAAACCUGGAAAGCUGACCGGCCAAAAAACAUGAAGUCCAACCGUGCGCGCAAUGUUGCUCGAUCCCAGCGUAUCAUGGAAAAAGAUGACACAGACAGUGCGUAUGUGGAGUCAGGCUGUAGUUCACAGACCGAUAGUACAUCAGUCGAUUCUGCAUGUAGUUCCCAGACAGAAUGUAUAACUGUUGAGUCUGGAUGUAAUUCCCAAGAGAUGGAGGUUGUAAGUAAGGUGAAGGAUGGGUUGGAGAAGACGUUUUCAAAAAACUUGUUGGAUUCCAGGGAAACCGGGAGUGUAGUCUUGGUGGAGGAAUGCAACCUUGCUACAGACCGAUUGAAAGCCCAGUUAAAGGAUGGAGCAGUAUCCAACCUAUGUCUGCUGUGCUAUGUGAGACCAAAGAAUGCUGGACUCAUUCAUGGACGGAUUUGUCACCAGAUUUGCUGUUACCCCUGUGCAAAGAUUCUAUGGAAGAAGCAGGCCGGGUGUCCACUGUGCAGGAGGAAAAUAGAAAAGUAUACAAAAGUAAUUCUGGGUUAGAUUCUCGGAUCAAAUAUAAAAAGAAGAAAAAGGAAAAUACGGAAUCAUCGAAGAUUAUCAGACACUGUAAUGGUGAAAAAUUAAAAUCUGAAAGUCGUAAAGACGUCUUCUACAGGUUUGAUCUGUGUGAUAAUAGUUUGAAAUUAAGACUAAAAAGUAUAUUUAACAACAGUGAAAAUUAUUCUGAUUGUGAGAAGCUUUUUAAUUUCAACUCAACAUAUGGUAGAGUUCAUAUUUUUCAGCAGAAUUUAGAGAUUCCUUUAAAUUAUCAAAACUGGAGUGAUAAGGGUAAGUAUUUUUAUCGCUUGAAAAAAAUUUACUUUUUAAACUUCUUUUUGAUAAUGCCAAUGGUACCUCCAGGUUGGCUUGGAGUUGUUGGGUUCAAAUCCCUAAUAUCAUUAGCUUUGAAAAUGAAAAUUAAAAUAUUUUUGUCGGAUCUUCCUUAAAUUUUAUAUUCGCCUACGGACACUUAAUUGUUUAAUGAACUGUACGUGACUUGAGGCCUUGGCAACUUUCCGAUAACAGAUGUUGAUUUUUUUGCCCAACAUAAACUAAAAUACCAUCAAUGAAAUACGGUCUGAAAUAGAUUUUUAAAGUUGUAAAAAUGUACGGUUUUCAUCGUUAAUGGCAAGUUGCCCAGGCCUACAUUUGAAGCUUAAGUUAGAUUUUAAAUAUAAAACUGUGUUGUGACAACAACAAGUGUAAUCAAUGUAAGUUCUUUUUAUCUAUUCCUGUUUGUCAAUGUAUUUGCU